CAAAUUUUUUCCAUUCAGUCCUGCUCUUUUACUGAAGAAAAGGCAAAAUGGCGCAACGUUGUUUCCUUUAUUUCACUGUGUUUGUUGUGUAUUUUAGAUUGUGGUAAGCCGACCCUAACGACUCGUGGCAAAAUUGUGGGCGGAACGAAGGUGGAAGCAGGUCACUAUCCCUGGCAAGUGAGUCUGUGGAACAAGAAGGCUAAGAAACACUUUUGUGGAGGAUCACUUGUCUCUGAGAGGUGGAUUGUCACUGCUGCUCACUGUGUUACUGUUAGUGGUAUAUUCGUAAGUGAUAUUGAGGUGCGCCUUGGUAAAUUGUUCACCAACAAAGCUGAACCAUCCAGAGAACAGAUCGUUAGUCCAGACAGGAUCGUAAUUCAUCAUCAGUACGAUAGUGCCCGUGCCGACUACGAUGCAGAUAUCGCUCUUAUUCACCUGAAAUCGGACGUCAUAUUCACUGAUUACGUCAGACCUAUCUGCCUCCCGCUGCGGACUAAAGACGAAGAUAGUAAACUGCUAAAGACUGGGAACAUUGGGGUCAUUACAGGUUGGGGCCGAAAGAGGGAAACCGGUCGGGAGGUCCUUAGAAGAAUGCACCAGGUCAAAGUACCAAUAGUGGACCAAGUGUUGUGUCAGGCAGCACACAAGAAAUAUCCUGUCACAUCAAAUAUGUUCUGCGCAGGUUAUUAUAAUGGCACACUUGGUGAGGCUUGCCAUGGAGACUCGGGUGGACCGCUGGCCAUCGAAAACAGUCAAACCGCAAGUGACGAUGAUCAACGCUGGGUGCUCGCGGGUGUCAUAUCCUGGGGGGAUGGCUGCGGAAGAAUUGGCAAAUAUGGCGUCUACACUCGGGUGUCGAGGUUUCGUAGGUGGAUCUAUAAUCAUGUCACUAUGGACUGACGAUUGGGUACGACACAGUAUUUUUGAGAGAUUAGGUGUUAUAAAAAGUAAUAUAAUGCGUGCUUUAAAAAACGAAUGUCCAGUUAUUAGUUAGUAAACCUGAAAAUUGUAUUCUGCCUAAAUGUCAUAGGGAACGUAAUAGUUAUGUUAAAAAUUGAGCUAACAAAGUUGUCAAACAGCGCAUAGUCAUAAUGAAAUAAAGUCUAUGUUAGCUAC